UAGGGGCGGCCGGGGGUGCGGGCGGCACUCGCCACGGAGGGGAGCGGUGUCCCCUCUAUCCCUCCCGGCGGCCGCUUUCCCUGGGCGCUGCAGGCUCCUCCCGGAGAGAGGCGGCUUCCCCGUCGCGCCGCGGCCAUGGCCUCGGUACCCUCCGCCGGCUGCCUCCUGGCCAAGAACCAGUACUACAGGACACGACAAAACUCGGAAUCCAGUGUUUCUUCCAGCUCCUCCUGCUGUUCAGAUGCUGUGAACAUUGCAGACCAGGACAAAGCGUUUCAUGGGCUACCUGAGUUAAUUGAUAAAUGUUGGUGGAUAAAAAGCUUUUUCCAUAGUGAACCAUCUCCACCAACCGUUGGCAGAAAAACACUCUCAGCAAGCAGUACCAACAGUUGAAUAGGACAGCGUGCUGGCUUUGCUGACUGAGAUACUACGUGCAGACUUGUUUUUCCAAGAGGCUUGGGAUCUUCCUAAUGUCUGGGUUCAGCUGCAAGAAGAAAACAAAACCUGUAGGAGAGUGGAAAAGUGUAUUUUUGAAAUAUUUGUCAGUAACUUAAUAUUGCUUAAUGGACAUGUCCAUUGCCUAUCUUGUUCAUUACGAAGUUGCUGUAAUUUGAGACAUCUCUCUAAUGGAAGUUACCAGGAUUAAAUAUCCUGAUGACUUACUUGGAUAGUUACAGAAAAAUUACAGUGUGAGUAAGAUAUUUUAGGUUUAGGAGAAGUGUGUGUAUUUAAUGAAUUUGCAAUAGAUGAUACUCUUAAGUUUUUACCUUUAAGAUACCAGCUCUAUAGGCAGUCACAAUGAAGUAAAGAAGAUUCUGGGCUAUAUGUCUGAGUGGGACUGCUAUAUGGUACAUGUUUUCUAUCAAGUAUUUGUGUACCAGUCAUAGGGAAUAAGUUUACAACCAUGCUUGUUAAUAGCUUUGCCUCUAGAAAGCCCAAUUACAUGAAGAAACAGUAGCUUGGUCUCUUUGUCCUAGUAGAGUGCAUGGAUCCCAACCUCAAAUACCCUGGUGCAACUUCAAUUCGUAUCUGUGUAUGUUGGUAUUUGAGGAAAGAAUAGAAGAGUUAGAGAAGAAAUCAGUAAUCCUAAUGGACACUGACAUCUUCCAAGCAGAAGAGCAACCUUAAUCAGAGUUGAUAUGCCUAGCUGUUUUAGAUUGCUCUCACCUGCUUUCUUUUAUCUUAAAGAGCUACUUGUUCUCAAGUGAUUUAAUCCUAUCUAUUCACUGCUGUCUGUCAGCUUAGUUAUGUGUUAGAUCUGGCAAAGUGUUCAGCUCAGAGUAAUCACAUUAGUAUUAUUAACAAAGUCUACCUUUGGCAUGACCAAUGCUCUUGAAAGAUACUCUUAACAUAACUUCAUUUGGUCUUCAGCGUUGUGAAGCAUUACAGCAGAUUGAUUCUACCGGGUAUGACUGAAAUGCAUUAGAAAUCGCAGAAAAUAAGUAUUUGGCUGGGUGAUACCACUUCUGUAAAUUAUCUAUGCAACUUUUUUGAUGUACUGUCACUAAGCCUACCUGACCUUUGUCCAUCGCUGGAUGAACUAACAAUAGCAAACAUUAAUGUAGCCAACAUUUUUCAUUGUAAAUUAAUGGUUGUCAUGGUUAUGCAUAACUCCAAACUGUGUCAAGUGGCUGCUUCAGGAAGCUUACUGUGUUGGAGAUGAGGAAAUGCAUGGCACAUGACAACAGAAAAGAACAUAAUUCUGAAAACAUAAUUUAAUGGAUUCCUGAAACUUACUUGUUAUAUAUCUUACCUUGUUCCUGUUGUGUAGUUUCAUCUUUGUCCUUUCUCUAAGUGUACAGAAUGAACUAUUUUUUUAU